UUAUAUGGCAUUUUUUUCCUAUAAUGAUUAAUUAAUUAAAUAAAUCAUUAUUUAAAAACAAUAAAUAAUAAUUAUGGCCAUAAGUAGAUUAAAAUUAUUAUUAUUAUUAUGUUUAACAAUAAUUGUUGGACACAUUUCAUUGUAUUAUGCCGAUGAUAGUGAGACUACAGGUGCGGCCGCUGACGAUACACCAACAACAACAACGUCAGGAGCACCGGCUGAUGAUAGUAGUAGUGACAGUAGUAGUAGUAGUAGUAGUAGUGAAGAUCAUACCCUAAAAUCAGCCAAUCCUGAGACUAGCAGUGAUGGUAGUGGCGGUGAUGAUACUACUACUGCUGAUGCUGCAGAAGCUGACCAUAACCUACAGGCCAGCCAAUCGGCUGAUGAUAGUAGUAGUGGUGAUAGUAAAGGGGACGGUAGUAGUAGUGGUAAAGGUGCUGCCGAUACGGGUCAAGUAAUGAAAAUAAUUAAGGAUACCAUACGGGAGGUCAAUCCUAUACGAUUGAUUAAGGACUUGGAUCCCGAUCCACUCAUUGAAAUCGAUGGCCUAAAUAUGAAAAUAUUGAAAAUGCCCCUGAGCUAUUUUCCGGGAAAUUAUUUUAGUAAAAUGGAACAUAAAACUAAAAUGACCAGGGCUGAACUAGGUAAAACGGUAGGUGCCGAUCUGGAUAAUAAAAAAGAUGAUAUAUGGGUCGGACUGGAACCGAUGCUAAAAUUGGGUAAACAAAAACAAUUGAAACUGGGUGAUUAUUUUCAUUUUAUGGGCCUUAAUCUGGAUCAAUAUGAGGAUAAAUAUGAAAAUAUUAUGCUCAAUGCUGUACGUACGCCAGUAACCUUUAUCGACAAUGUAGCCAAACAUGGCAUACAAUUGUAUAUUGAUAAAGUUAAAAAGUUUUUCAAAAGUCAAGGGGGCGUUACCGGUGUUGCAAUGAAUCUAUAUAAAAAUCAGACAGGUGUCGACGUGGCCAAGUAUGCCCAACAAGCUGUGGAUACAGUUAAAAAAUUUGAUGUCAAUAAGGAAAAACUAAAAUUAGAAAAACAAUGGGAAACCUAUAAAAAAGAUGCCGAUCUUAAAGCUAAAAAACAAUACAAACAAAUGUUUGGUAAGGGUGGCCAAGUGGAACAGGUCAAAAUCAAAUCCAUUAAGGCAUUGAACGCAUUGAUACAUUUUGUUAAAAGUAUGAAAGGACAGGGAGGCGAUCCCAUACACGCACUGUCCGAUUUGGUCUACAAAACAAUGGGUCCUCAAGGACGGGCAAUAGUCUACAUUGUCUACCAGCCUAUGGCAACCCUAAUGAAUCAGGUAUUCGGGCCACUGUUGCUGAUCGGCAAAGUCCUUAACCAACAGGAAGAUCCCUGGGAUCUGGUACUGGCAUUACCGCCGAUUAUCAUCCAAUCGUCGGGCGGUCUAUUCAAACCCGUACUGAUGGUCGUCGAACCCCUACUCCGAUGGUUCCGAUUUCUGUCGACCGGCGAAUACUAUCGUUCAAUGUCUUGCGGCCUGGAUUUGGCCGCCGCACACGGUGUCAACAUUUACGGCGGCGCCUACAAGGCUAAGGUAUUGUAUGCUAAUAAAACUGGCGGCGGCGGCGGCGGCGCCCAUACGGACGACCAUACUGUCCAAUCGGUACUGGGAGACGAUGAGACAACCACUAGUGGUAGUAGUUUAGAUCAUACGGACGGGCCAUCGUCUAGUCGUAAGCGUCGUAAACGUGCGGCCACUACUGCCGCCGCAUCGCUGACUACUAAAGCGUCGACCGGUGGUGGCGGUAGCGCCGAUAGCACUGAAAUCGAUUUGCCCGAUCCGACCGAACCGCCACCAGGUAAAGGCCAUUUCGAUAGGUAUAUCAAGGAGAAGCCGCAUUUCAAUCGUAAAGCCGAUAAACGGUUGGCCGAUAGCUAUCAGGGCGGACCGCCGCCCGGCGGCUACAAAAUGGGUCUGAAAAAUGAUGGUAAACUAGAUCUGGACGAUGAAGAUAUGGUUACCCGAUUGCUACUGUCACCUGAUUUUUUGCUAAAAGUUGGCGGACCAGUGUUCGUACCGAUGGCAUCGGUAUUGGCACCCGUACUCCGGGCUAUCAAUACAAUGGUCAAUAGUAAAAUCGAUUUUAAUACCCGUGUCACUGAAAUACCCGAAAUUUUAAAAGGGGUCGGUUUUGUUGCCCCACUAGCCGAUGUUAUUCGUAUAAUGUUGCCGAUCAUUAAAAUCGUCCACGCAGUUAACAUAGGAAAGAUAAGUCCCACCCAACUGGGCGUUCAAAGUGGUUCACUGGUCCAACAGUUUACCAAUCCUGUACUGCACGAAAUUGUACGCAAUCCGGGCAAACUGAGUCGGGCAAUGCUAGCUUGGCUGCACGGUUCGGGCGGUUUGUUGGCCAUGAUCCGGAUGCAAGUCCAAGGUGACGUACCCCAGACGGCACCGGGAGCCGCGCAUGUAGCCCGGGAUGAACUGCGGCCGUAUUCGGAUUUUAUUGUACGCGGUUUGGGCGAGUUUAUGGGCGGCUGGCUGUUGACGUACGUACAGGCGUGCGGUCCGAUCGGGUCGAUGAUGGGCGCAAUGUUUGGCGGAUUGUUGGGCAAUAUUAUUGAUCCGAAAAAAUUCCUGGAAAUACCCGGCCAUAGGGUCAACCUGAAACAGCAACCAUUGAAAAAUAUGCUAGUUGCACUAGACAAUCUGUCAAUGAUGACCAAAUCGGCUCACGAUAAAAAUACAUUGUUGACGGCACUGUUGGGCGGCCAGGAUCCCGAUGUGCUCCGGAUGGUCGGUAUUGAUAUUGAAAAAUUAACCUUGGCCGGCAUCGAUGCUGGCCUACUAUUGGCCGGCGGUAAACAACUAUUGUCUAAAGAAGCUCAGGCCAAAUUGGCCAGUCCCGAAUCGGUUGGCCUAAACGGUGCAGCCAUGGCCAAGCUGGGACUGGAUACAGCUAAUUUAUUAGAGUCAGGCCUAUUGACGGCCAAUGAGGCUAAGCUCAAGGAGGUCGGCGUCGAUAUCAAACAUCUUUUCAAUCGCUAUAUGCGCUACUGUUUGGUGGACGAGAAAAAAUUGUCGGCCGCCGGCAUCGAUAUACGUGCGGCCGUCAAACUGGGCAUAGAUUUGCCGGUGUUGUUGGCCGGCGGUAUCGGUGCACUGGGACCGGACCUGCAAAAACAAUUGGGCAUUCAGGCGGGCGAGUCGGGAUCGUUGGACAAACUGGGCAUACAGUCGGCCAAAUUGAAAGCUAUCGGAAUUGAUCCAGUACAUUUAGCCAAACAUGGGCUCCGGGAUCAUGAAGAUAUGAGCGAUAAACUGGGUCUGGAUGUCGACGAUUUGCUAGCAUCGGCUUAUGUCGGGUUUGAACCAAAAGUAUUGGCCAAAGCCGGCAUCAAUAUACCGCUAAUGUUGAGCUCCGGUAUUGAUCCGAAAUUGUUGCUAAUCGGUGGACUCAAAAAACAUCUAAAUAAUGACGUAUCGUUGGGAACGUUAGCUAAAAUAGGUAUCGAUGCCAAACAUAUCAACUCGAUUGGCAUCAAUAUUAAUUUGAUAUUGGAUCAUGGUGUUUCCAUAUUCAGUCCGAUGAGCAUGGUCAAAUUGGGCGUCGAUCCUAUGCGCAACAUUAUUGGUGUACUAUCCCGUCACGGUCUCGAUUCGUUGACCAGUGGUCUGGGUCAUUCGGCACAAGUAUCCUACGGUUUUGUGGCCAAUAUAUUGAAAAUCAUUGAACACCUAAUCGGUCAGUUACCGUCCAUCUAUCAACUGCCCUAUAUUGGACCGAAACUACAGAAUCCGGAUGGUAGCUGGAAGGGACCGGCAGCCAUAAUCAUGCACCAAGUGAUUGGCAUACGCAACGAAAAGGGUACCCUAUUGUAUGUAUUGAGAAAAGUGUUUGCCGGCCAUUGGACCAAAAAAGAUACCAGAGAACUGCUGGGACCGUUACAACAAAAAUUCAAGGGCAACAAGACAACAACAACUAGCAAACCCAGGCGCAUCAAACCGGACCAGUCUAAGGUCGACCAAUACAUUAGCAAAGCUGUCCGAUUGAAAGUGGGUCAGUCGCGUACAACGCCCAAACCCGGCUCAUACAUUGCCCUGAACAGCCUAAAACAUUUGGCAGUCCAUCCCCAUAAGCCAAUUGAGCCGGACGUUCCCCAUAAUGAAGUACACGACGAACGGGAGGAUAAAGUGCUGAAAACAUUCAACGAAGAUCUGGGCAGUAAGGAUAGUACUGGCGAUGGUACAGGUGCUCAUCAUAGUGGUGAUGCUAGUAGUGGGGGUAGUGGUGGAGGUGCAGGUGGGGGUAGUGGUGGUUCAACAGUCAAACCGACUACUAAACCGCCAAAAGGCGGUAUGUUUAGUAGUCUAAAACGAAUCGGUUAAUAACCCCCGCAUCCCCGUCAACCCCCCACCCCCGGGAUACAGCACCUACAUUUUUAUAUCAUAAUAAUAAUAAUUAAAUACCCCGGGGGUGCAAACUAGUAGCUAAUAAUUAUUUUUUUUUGUUGAAAAAUUAAAACACACACA